AUGGCGCCGCAAGGACAUCAAGUCAACUUUGAGACAAAGGAUGUGUACCAAGCCCAUAUUCUGCUUCCUCUUCAACGAGACUUUGCUCUCCUGUCUCAACAGGGAACCGGAAAGCUGAGGCAUUUAAAUAGCCUUAUUUCUAACCUCGAUCCUCGUAUUCAGCCACCUUCAGGUGUUCCCCUGGCCUCCAUCCAGAACGUUGAGGCGUGCUUUGAAUUUACUCUGUCAAGCUCCGAGAUUUCGCCCUUAUUGCAGGAUGCCAACCAAUCGAGCCUUUGUACCACUAAUACUACCGCCGUUCAGUACCCUGAACGGCGCCCCAUGACUGACUACAUGCUCGAUUGUGACAUGUCUGAAAUAACGUCGAAUUUGAGGGAAGAUUGGGUCUCACUUGACGGUGACUCCCCGUUUUCCAGUCAAAGCUCAAUUUCAAGUUCCAGCUCCAUAGGCUCGAACAGAGCGGCUUACUCAAAUACAUCCAACGCCAAUCCUCCUGGUAAAAUGGUCCAGCACUACGUUUCCUUACUAGAUUCUGGACUUCGCAGUUUUCUCUGCCAUCAAUUCUUUCAACCAGAAUCACACGUUGGACGUGAUCUUCAGACGCAAAUGGGUAUCCUGCCUAGUCUCGCAUCCCACGCAUUGAACGCAAACUAUAACCGUGCUAUAUCGCAACGGGCAACUUUUAUUCCGGUGAUUGCUAGGGGAAUACAUUCCCUUCUUUCAUCCACUCGAUCGCCAGUGCUCAAGUCAAAACUAGAUAAUCUGAAGCACAUAUACUGGAAGACGUACGGCCCUCAGAACACAGUUCCAACAGGAGAAGCAACGGACGAUCCAAAUACUCGGACAAUCCUGAAAUGCCUUCUUUGGACGACGAUGCAGCACGGACUACAUUGUUCGCACCCAGCAUCUAAACUUAGCCCAUUGACAACCGACCAAGAAGUUUCACAAACAGCUCCGGCAAAGGCAGAUCAGCCCGUCUCUGAUCCCCAAAUUAGAAUCUCCGCAUCUGCUCAACCGCUUGGUCUCACCGAUAAUAUUUCCCAUCUUGAAUGCCUCUUCGACACUGAAGCAGCGGUCGAGGAGGACUACUUCAUAGACCCAUUUGAUAAUCUUGAAACCGACCAGUUUUUCGACGAACUGCUCGAGAUUAACCAGCCAUCGUCGCCAAUGCUCGAUGAUAACGCUUCCGACAAGACUGCAGAAUUCAUUGACCGCUCCCCGCAGAUUCUGGCAGAAUUUACAGAUUCAGACCCCAUUUUGGGCGAAGAGGAUGACGAUUAUGAUGAUUUGAUGGACAUAGAUAUAGAUAUAGACAGCUGCAUAGCCAUAGACAGCACGUCUAGCAGCAACAUUGCCUGCUUGACUAGGUGCAUUGAUAAUGAAGAGAUGCUCUUUUAA